AUGGCGUCCGCGGCUGCGGCGGAGGGGGGCGAGGACCCGCGCCGGAGGAGGAGCGACACCGACUGCGUCUUCUUCCUCGUCUCCCGCGUCAGCUGCACCAAGGGGUCCAAGUGCGAGUAUCGCCACUGCGAGGCGGCGCGGUUCAACCCCAGGAACUGCUGGUACUGGUUCCACGGCAACUGCGUGAACCCGAGCUGCACCUUCCGCCACCCUCCAAUGGAAAAUUUUAACAGAACCAAGUCCUUGUCAGUCCCUCCCUCAUCAUAUGGUUCUGUUCCUUCCAAGGAAACCAAGCCUUGUUAUUUCUACUACAGCUCAUCCUGCAUAAAAGCUGACAAUUGCCCUUUCCUACACGAGCCUCGAACUCCUAACAAUGAUGUGGGGAUUACUUCUCAAGCUACAGCUUUUAAUCCUGAUGUCAAUGAAAAAUCUGCGGGAGAUGAGAUGGCUGUGGUAUCGAAGGAUGCUCACGCAAAUCCUUGUCAAGACACCCCUUGCUACAUAAAAAAAUGCCACUCAGAAGAAGUUCAUGAGUCUAGAUAUCCCGAAGUUGAUGGUGCUAUUUCCAUUGCAGCUAAAACAUCAAUUGAUACGGGUGAACACAUGAAAUGUUUCACCCACUCAGAUCAGAGGUCAGGAGAUUCAACACUGGAGGAUACAGAGCAAGAUGAAAGUCGCGAUUCGUCACCCGGAUUUGAUGUGCUCGUGGAUGAUGGGCUCUCCAACAAGAAUGACCUUGAGCAACAAUUGACACAGAAAAGAGAUGCCCAAGUGCUUCAUGUGAAAUAUGAUUUUGGAGAUCCAGCUUGUUAUGAUCAGGAUUAUUAUGAUUCACAAUGCUAUGGGCAAGCAUUUUGUGGCUUUGACAAUCAACAUAGUUAUUUGUAUUUUAGUCAUCUUGAAGGAGUUCAAGACCAUGACACUGAGACCACUUCGGGACAUGUACCGCACAAUGGCAGAAAUCUUGUGAGGUCAAGUUCUGAUGAGUAUGGCAAAAGGUUCUUCAAUUCCAGAAACUUCAUCAGCUCUGCGGCAGAUGUUGCUUUUUCUCAUCAGCAUAUUGAGACAAGACACUCUUCAAAGAGAAGACUUGAGAAGAGAAAUGGUGCCAAGGGCAGGAAGCGUCGCACUAAGAGGCAGCGGGGUCUUCAACCCGUGAAUGAUUCCCAAGAGACUGAAUCAAGAUUCACUCAACGCAGGCAAGAUUUCUUGAUGGAAGAAUGCCCUCAGUCUGUUGUCUGCGCUACCUUCAGGGGACAGAAGAAAAAACUUAGAGGAAAACAACACAAUAUUAUUUCUGCUAGAUCUUCUGAACAUCCUACAGCAGAUUUUACUGGGCCGAAAACCCUAGCUCAGAUAAAAGAAGAGAAUUCUGUAUCCAAAUCAAGUUUUAGCCAUUGUGUUGCUCGCAUGCCUCAUGGCAGAUCCUUCUCAAAUGAUUUCGAGGGCCCCAAAUCUUUGGCUGAGCUUCUCAAGACCAAGGGUGGAAUUUCCAUUGGCUAGCCCAACUACUGUAGCAAGAGCAAAUAAACUGUGAUGUCAGUUUUCUGCUCAACUUUGUCUGAAUGAUGUCUAUGGCAGCUAUUUAGCAACUUGGGAGCACUUCUGUCGAAUAGAAUGGAACACGCAGUGUCACUUUUCUGCAGGCAAACUAUUAACAUUCUGGUCAAUUUUAGGAGGAACAAGUCAAAAUUCAGGAUCCACUAG